AUGGGAACUCCAGAAUUUCCAGAUCUAGGAAAACACUGUGCUGUUUCCGAUUGCAAGCUUAUUGAUUUCUUACCCUUCACAUGCGAUCGAUGCAACCAGGUGUAUUGUUUGGAACACCGAAGAUAUAUCAAACAUCAGUGUACAAAAGCUGACAAGCAAGAUGUCACUGUAGUAAUAUGUCCACUUUGUGCGAAAGGAGUUCGCCUAAUUCCUGAUCAAGAUCCAAACAUAACAUGGGAGAAUCAUGUGAACACCGACUGCGACCCAUCAAAUUAUGAGAAAGCUACAAAAAAGAAAAAAUGCCCUGCAGCUGGAUGCAAAGAGAUCUUAGUAUUCUCAAACACAAUUAAGUGCAGGGAUUGCAUGGUAGGCCAUUGUUUGAAGCAUAGGUUUGGACCUGAUCACAAAUGUCCGGGGCCUAAAAAAUUGGAAUCAAGUUUCUCUUUUACGAACCUUAUGAAUAGGAAUAGAAAACAGGAGUCUAAAACGAAUUCAAGUUCAACCUCCUCCUCAUCUAAGUGGACAACGAGCUUUCUUAAUGCGGCUUCUAAUAUCCGAGCUUCAGCUGAGGCUGGAAUUUCGAAGUUGAGUGGUGAAAUUAAUCAAGCCUGGGGGAUAUCAAGUGAUGUUGGGGGAAAGAGCAGUAGCAGUGGUCAAGCGGAGCAAUGCCCUCAAUGUGGUGCCAAAUUUUCUUCGGUAACUUCUUUGGUCGAUCAUGUACGAAAAGUUCAUGAAAGAAGUGCUAACCGAUCUUCAGAAAAAGUUACAAUUGAUGCGUGUCCAAAGUGUAGUAAAGGAUUCAGAGACCCUGUGUCCCUUGUGGAGCAUGUUGAAAGAGAACAUGGUGGCACUUCUAGAGCGUAG